CUAGAGGCAACUUACACAUCAGCGCCUAUACAAGAGUAUUUCACAGUAGAACGAAUCAAGAAUUCUUCAAGAUGAAUAUCAAUCUCUUGUAAAGAAGACACACUCCUACUAGAGUGGAUAUAGAGCCAGUCAUCUGCAUCUGUGUCAAGGAGCAGUAUUUUCGAAUCAGCCAAUCAUAUCAAUUUAAGCCAUAUAUACCCCUCAACUACAAGACAAUGACUGGAAACAAAAGAAAGAAUCCGCGAGACUUGACCCGUCUCUCCGGCAAACCACUUGCUGAGACUCUCGAGCCCUCUUCAGUACUGGCAAGCAGCACCGAAGAAUGGGUCACAUCUCAAGACCUGGCUGAGUAUGGCCUCACCUUUAAGCCAGAGGUCAUCCAAGAUAUGACUCUCUUUCUCCUGGCCAACCCCAACAUGAGCUCCACCCAUCUAUACCGGGCAGACAUCCUCUUCGACAGCUGGGGUUCACUGCGGACACCGCAACAGAAAGAGCAGUCCUUCGCUCAGGAUGGCAACAGCAAUCUGGAGACCACCGAGGAGCACAUGGAACCCAUGACCGCAAGGGAAAUUCCCAAUUUCACUCUCACCAGAACGGUAGUGAGGAGACUCAUCCCCAGAAACCCGAACCUAGACAGAGUCAUGGACCAAACAUGUCACUUCUACGAACCCAUCAACGAGUCCACAGACGCCAACGAGGGAUCUAUCAACCGCUACCUCGCUGUCUAUACCCCCCACAUCACCUCCAAAGAAGACAUGCCCUUCUACCACCCUCUCCUCCGUUCCCUGGCCUUCCUAUACGACUACAACACCAACACAUCAGACCCCUCCCCCAACCCCGGCACCAUGUCCAUCCACUUCCUCCUCUUCCCCAACGAACCCAUCCAAAACCGUCUAGAGCGCACCCUACAAGCCCUCCUGACCAUCCAAAUCCGCCUCGCCCGCGGCACCCGUCUAACCGGCAAACCAGACAACGGCGGCGGCGGCAGCCAAAACCCAGUCAAAGACAACGUGAUCCCACAGCACCUCGUGCAAAACACCUAUACACGGCUGAAAGCAAAAUACGCCGCCGAGCUGUGCCAAAAUUGGGUCGAGAGCACCGAACCCUCCAAGCACGUUUUUGAGGACCUCUCAAUCACCGCAUUCCUCAUCGAACUCUGGAGGAGCAUGUACGGCGCUGUCCCAGCGGACGAGCAAACCUCCACCAACUCCCCAUCUACCUUCCCCGGCUUCGUCGACGUAGCCUGCGGCAACGGCGUCCUCGUGUACGUCCUCCUCAUGGAAGGUUACAAAGGCUGGGGCUUCGACGCCCGCCGACGCAAAACAUGGAGUAUAUUUCCAGAGUCCGUGCAAUCACGACUCACGGAGGAAAUCUACAUCCCCAAACCAUUCUCCGAAACGAACCCCUCUCUGCUCCAAGAGCUGACGAUAAGAUCCCACACGGGGUCUUUUCCAAAGGACACAUUCAUUAUCUCCAAUCACGCAGAUGAACUCACCGUCUGGACGCCCCUCAUGGCUACGCUUCUUUGUCCCGAGUCGCCGUCCCCUUUUAUUGCUAUCCCGUGCUGCUCGCAUUCGCUUUCUGGUGCGAGGUUCCGGUAUCCGCCUCCUAAGGCGGGCAAGAAGAGUAAAUUAAACGAGGAAGAUAAAGGAGGGGAAGAAGAAGAAGAGGGUAAUCCAGCAUCAGGAGACCUCAAAUCCCUCCGGAAGGAGAAACAGGAUGCUCAGACUACGGAAGCAGGGUUCCUUAAGUCCAUGUAUGGAUCGUUGACUGCGAAGACGAUGAGUGUUGCGGAGGAAAUCGGGUACGAGGUUGAGCGGACCCUGUUGCGGAUUCCGAGUACGAGGAAUAUGGCUGUAAUUGGGGGGAGGAGGCGGACGACGCAGGUGUGGAAGGGGAGGGCGAGUGGGUCUGCUGCUGCUGCUGAUGGUGGUGAUGGUGAUGGUAAUGGAGAGGAGGUCUUGGAGCGGGUUAUGGAUGCUGUAAGGCGGGAGUGUUCGCGUGAGGGGGGCGUUGAGGCUGCUGGGAAGAUCUGGAUUGAGAGGGCGAAGGGGUUGAACAAGGGGUCUGGGAUGGGGAAGCAGGGUGGGCAUUGA